AUGGAAUACGCACGGCUAGGGGAUUCGGGCCUUAAGGUCUCAAAGGUGAUACUGGGUACUAUGGGAUACGGUGCGCCAGAAUGGCAGGGCUGGGUACUUAAUGAAGAAGAAUCUCUUCCACUUAUUGAGCAUGCCUAUAAGAAAGGCAUCAGAACCUGGGAUACUGCCGAUAUGUACUCCCAUGGUAAAUCCGAAGAAAUCGUGGGAAAGGCUCUGAAGAAAUAUAACAUCCCCCGGGAACUUCCCCCUCCACUCUCGACCGGGAGACAGAACGCCGGUGACUUCUUGAACCGCGUCGGUCUUUCUCGCAGACACAUCUUAGAGGCCGUCGAUGCCAGUGUUGAGCGACUGGGAACAUAUAUUGAUGUGCUUCAAAUCCACCGGCUUGAUCGUGAGACACCACGGGAGGAGAUUAUGAGGGCGCUGAAUGACGUAGUUGAAAGCGGCAAGGUUCGAUACAUCGGCGCUAGUUCGAUGGCCGCUUGGGAAUUCCAAACACUACAAAAUAUUGCUAAUCGCAAUGGGUGGCACAAGUUUAUCUCUAUGCAGAACUACCACAAUCUAAUUGACCGUGAGGAGGAACGUGAAAUGAUCCCUUACUGCCUCGAUAGCGGCGUAUCUCUUAUCCCUUGGUCUCCUGUCGCACGUGGAGCCCUCGCCAGACCUUGGGCCUCUCGCUCUACCUUGCGCGAAAACACUGAUGUUGGGAUGAGUAUUAUCGUUCGUGGCCGCGAGGCCGAGUCCGACAAAGCUAUUAUUGACCGCGUGGAAGAAUUGGCUGCGAAGAAGGGAAUCAGCAUGGCACAAGUUGCAAUCGCAUGGUCAUUGAGUCACCAAAGCGAGUACCCUAUCGUCGGGUUGAACACCAAAGAUCGCAUUGAUGAGGCUGUUGCGAGUGUCCAGAUCAAGUUGACACCGGAAGAGAUUCAGUACCUUGAAGAACCUUAUGCGCCUAAGGCUAUUCAUCUAGGAGCACGAUAA